AGAAAACACUCAAUUAAUUGUAAAUGCUUAAGCUACUGAUAAAAAUUAUAAUUCAUUUUUUAAAUCACUAUUGGUUUAUUUGAAGUAAUUACAUCAGCAAAUCUAAUGUUUCCGAUCCAAUUAAACUGACGUAUGGGUCUGGCCAUUUGAAGGACCGACUUAUCUUAGUGUCCCUAGUUACGAAACUGUAUCAGAUUCGAUCGUAGGCCGGGGCCCUUUAUAUAGCUUGCGAUUUCUAUUGAGUGAGCACCACACGUGUUGACUGACUACCAAAGUACGGGGCGCGCGCAUCUAACAUGAUCGCUAAGAUAUUCUUUUUGUGUUGCGCGUGUGCGUCGGUGAUAGCAGCGCCGGGUCUGUUCGACGGGUAUGGGUAUGCGGCACCAGCAUAUGCGGCACCGGUGGCUCAUGCUGUCGCCCCAGCAUAUGCGGCUCCGAUCGCGCAUGCAGUCGCCGCCCCGGUAGUCAAAACAGUGGCAGCUGUUCAUGCGGAACCCAUCGAUCCCAAUCCGGCCUAUAGCUUCUCGUACGGGGUCCAAGAUCCAGCGACAGGAGACCACAAAGACGCGACGGAGACGUUACAGAACGGAGUCGUCCACGGCUCUUACAGUCUGGUCGAGCCUGAUGGCCACCUCAGGAAGGUUACGUACACCGCUGAUAAGAUCAACGGAUUCAACGCUGUGGUUGAAAGGACGGGCGGUUCACACGCGGUGGCCGCUGCACCCGUAGCUAAGGUCGUAGCUGCCCCUGUGGCCAUACAAGCAGCCCACAUCGGUCACGUGGCCCACCCCUGGGGCUAAAACAAACAAAGACCACAAUAAUGCCGUGUUGUUUGACAUUCAUUUUAGGCUUUAACCCCUAAUAAGGUUCACUAAUUUUCGGUCCAUAGACAGUGGCUAUUAUGUAAAGGAGAUUUUUUUUUUUACAAAUUCGAUAAUCGAAUAGAGCUAUGACGAUUUGUAAAUCAUUAAAAGAAGUGUUUUUAUUUUUUUAUUUUCUUUGUUUGUGUUUAAGUUCUUUGCUUUCUAGCCAUAGUCUAAAUUUAGGACUCGCAACACGGCAAGCUCGACCUAGCCUGUUUUUCGUAUUUGUAUUAUUUAUUAAACGCUUUGACUGUUGGUAACGGACUUGAUCUUGAUGCGUUUUAUUACGUGAAUGUAAAUAUAAUAAGAACUUAGUUGUAAAAAAAAAAAUGAAUAAAGAAGUUUUCGCGGAAUAU